CGUUCUGUUUAAAAUAUGAGGUAAAAACGGAUUCUUCUAUUUUAUUUACUAUUUUAUAAUCAACUGCGGCCCCUCUAAAUCGGAACAGGAGCUCUGUUCAUGUAGUAGGAGCUGAUUUCUCAGCAGGCAGAGAUUUGAACACACUGCGCUGCUGGAGGACACAAACAUGGCGGCCUCCUUGCGGCUGGGGCGUCAGACGGUUUUAACCGGGUUGAGGAUUAUUAAAGUUAAGAGGUGUCAGUGGAGCCCGCAGGUAUGCGGGGGUUUGGUCAGGCAGCUGUUUCAGUCCCCGGCUGUUUUCGGGGCCGCUCCUAUCAAGGUACAGAUGCCAGCGCUCUCCCCUACCAUGGAGGAGGGCAACAUUGUGAAAUGGCUGAAGAAGGAAGGUGAGGCAGUGGCAGCUGGUGAUGCUCUCUGUGAAAUUGAGACCGACAAGGCUGUGGUUACCAUGGAGUCCAAUGACGAUGGAGUCCUGGCUAAAAUUCUGAUGGAGGAAGGUAGUAAGAGUGUGCGUUUGGGGACUCUCAUUGCAGUGAUGGUAGAAGAAGGGGAAGACUGGAAACAAGUGGAAAUCCCUGCUCCAUCUCCUGCUCCUCCCGCUGCUGCUCCAACCUCUACAACUCCUGUAGCCCCACCUCCUAGAUCUGCAGAAGCUGGACAGUUGCGGUUAAGUCCUGCUGCACGGCACAUACUGGACACACAUGGCCUGGACCCUCAUCUAGCCACAGCCACCGGCCCUCGUGGUCUCAUCACUAAAGAGGAUGCUCUAAACCUGCUGAAGAAGGGAGAUGCUGCACGUCGAGCAGCUCCAGUAUCUGCUCCUCCUCCUGCUGCCUCUGCUCCAGCUCCUGCAGCUCCUGCCACUGCCACCCCCGCUCCUACAGCUGCUCCUGCCUCAGGCCGCCCUCUCUAUCCAGCCAUAUCAGUGCCCGGCAAGCCUGGCGCUCCAGGCACCUUCACGGAGGUCCCGGCCUCCAAUGUGCGCAGAGUCAUCGCCCAGAGACUAACCCAGUCCAAAACCACCAUCCCUCACGCAUACGCUACAGUGGACUGUGACCUGGGGGCUGUCAUGAAGCUUCGCAAGCAGCUUGCCAAAGAGGAGAUCAAAGUAUCUGUCAAUGAUUUCAUCGUGAAAGCUGCAGCUGUUACGCUUAAAGAGAUGCCAGAGGUCAACGUGACCUGGUCAGGUGAAGGACCCCAGGCCCUGGACUCCAUCCACAUCUCCAUCGCCGUGGCAACCGACCGCGGCCUCAUCACCCCCAUCAUCAAAGACGCGGCGGACAAAGGUGUGCAGGAGAUUGCCGCCAACGCCAAGGCCUUGGCACAGAAAGCAAGAGCAGGAAAACUGCUACCAGAAGAAUACCAGGGGGGAUCCUUCAGUAUCUCCAACCUUGGCAUGUUCGGCAUCAGUGGCUUCAGCGCGGUCAUCAACCCUCCACAGGCCUGUAUCUUGGCGGUUGGCCGCUCCAGAGACGAGCUGACGCUGGCCCCAGAGGGCCCGGACGACUCGGGCCCUGUCCUUCGUACUCGGCAGCUUAUGACGGUUACCCUGUCCAGCGACGGGCGGCUCGUGGACGACGAACUCGCAUCCCGCUUCUUGGAUAAAUUUCGCGUUAAUUUGGAGAAGCCCCAGCGCAUGGCCCUGGCUUAGGAUAUGGAGGGAAUUAGAGGGAAACAGAGAAAUAUAUUGGACUGAGGGACUGUUACAAAUGAUGUAGAAUAGAGUGAUUUUCAGGGUUCAGCUGGGGGAAGAAAAAAAAAAACGAUGGUCAUGUUUCCUGUACCGGGAUUUAUUGCGUCCUCUCACUGGAUAUAAAGGUACAUAAGUACAUUGUGUGCUAGUUCUAUGUCCCUUUUUUUGCUGAAUGAAAUGGUAAGUCGUAGGUGUGAUGCUGUGGAUAACAACGCUGCCUUCCCCGUGGCAGACUUGGGUUCAGUUCCCUGGCACAUACACAACACUACACCAAGAAGGCUAGAGAUAUACCUGCUGGUAAAUGUGCAUUCGAAUACCAUAUUUUUUGCACUAUAAGGUGCACCGUAUUAUAAGGUGCACUACCAAUGAACGUCUAUUUUCUGGUCUAUUUUCGCACAUAAGGCGCACUGGAUUAUAAUGUGCAUUUUAAGAGACACUAUAAGGAACUUCUUUAACUAAUUUAGCAGGUCUCACCGUUGGAUGGUGGUUGGGGAGUAACUAAGCUAAGUAAAGCUAUGCUAAGUAAACAAAACUGUGUUCAAAAAAAAGUCAAACGAGCGCUAGAUGUUAAUCUACACAGAUUUCUCUCCUAAAAACUGUUUAUUUAGGUGAGUAAAGCGCUUUAGUUUAUUUACAGUAAAUUUAGAUUCCCGAAUUCCUCCAGCACUAAGGCUGGAGCAUUAGCAUUAGCGGCUAACCGCUAGGGGUUAGAGGCUAAUGCCUCCCGAUAGCACUACACUGAGGAACCCUGAGUGCUCCAGUAAGCAAGGGCGAUAUUAGCUAGCGGUUUGUCCCACAUAGCUUGUUUCAACACAGUAAACAUGUAGGCUGCAGUCUGAUAUACUUUCCCUCUGAACGAUGAAAGAGCUAGCGCUUUUGCGGUUAGUGGCUAAUGCUAAUGCUGCUACAGCAGUGCUAGCCGUUCUUAGCUGCCGCCUACAGGCCAAUAAUACUUAGCUCUCAAUGUGGGAAAUAGCAGUUAGCAGCUAAUGCUAAUGCUACUCCAGUCUCGGUGAUGGAGAACUAAACUAAAACUUGUAUAACGCUGUACUUCAGCUAGCUAGCUAACUUUUCCUUUCCAACUUGGAAAAUGGUGCAACAGAUGACAGAAGCUGCAGCUCCAGCAUUUAAGGUGAACUGGAAAAAUUAAAGAAAAUAAAAGCUCCCCAUCACAGAGGAAUUAAAAAAUGCACAUGAAUAAUUUCAGCAGCACAGUCUACCCCCUUUCUAAAGACAUAAGAUAAAGCCCUAAAUUUAAGAAUUUAACCAGCAGCUAGGUUGCUGAACUUUAGCACUCCACUGCUAUAUCUAUAUCUGUAUCAGGUGUUUAAAGCCUUCUUAGAGGAGGAUUUCACCCCUUCCUCUUAUAACUCUGUUACACACAAAACAAAGGGGUAGAGGUACAAAAGAGAAAUGGGAUAGGGCCAAAGACUGAGCCACUCAACAGCUCUAAGUUGUUCGAUGCAGCUGUAUGAUGUGUCCUUGCCACAGCUGCAAGUGGAUGCGUCUUUUUGAAGCCUCCAGUAUCAUGUGCAGCACACAGGGAAGUACAUAAACAGAUACAGAAGUUGUUAAUGUGAACACAUGAUCAUACAGCAGCUAUAUCUCUAGCCUAAGAAGCUUUUGACCAAUCUCCUAACCCUCAUAACUCGAGUUCACACUAGCAGACGACAAGUCGCUGAUGAUCCCCCACGUCUCUCGUCUCGUGUGGGCGUGUUCAAGGCUACUCGGACUGUCACACGUGGGAGUAAACAAGCUUCUGAAAGAAAAUGUCAUGGCCACGGAAAAUCUAAUACUAUAGAUCAGUCUACUAUUUUUCCUAAGAAUGUGUAUUUAUUUAUUUAACUAAAUUGAUGGUGAAUUGAAUAAUGAAAUUAAAUAAUUAGAUGUGGAAAAUAGAAACAGUGAAUAUGAGCCUCUCUUUUAUGUUUAGCACAAGACAGUUGAAAGUACAGUUGAUUCAGUGUUCUGUAAGCACUGAUGAUGUCCUUAAUAUGCUUUAAAUAUAUACUGUAUAUACAGCUCUAAAAAAAUUAAGAUACCACUUAAAGUGAGGAGUUUCUUUGAUUUUACCAAAUUAAAAACCAAAAGCAGUGUGUAAGACUGGUGGAGGAGAACAUCCCAGGAUGCAUGAACACUGUGAUUAAAAACCAGGGUUAUUCCACCAAAUAUUAAUUAUCUUAAAACUCUCUUAAAACUUUAUGAAUAUGAACUCGUUUCCUUCACAUUAAUUGAGGUCUAAAAGUUAUGCUUUUUUUUAUUUUGUUAUUUCAGCCAUUUCUCAUUUUCUGCAAAUAACUGCUCUAAAUGACAAUAUUUUUAUUUGGAAUUUGGGAGAAAUGUUGUCUGUAGUUUAUAGAAUAAAACAACAUGAACAAAUGUUAAUUUUACUCAAACAUACACCUAUAAAUAGAUAUAUGUUAAAAAACAUCAGAGAAACUUAUUCAGAAACUGAAGUGGUCUCUUAAUUUUUCCAAGGCUGUAUAUUGUUGAUAUGAUAAGAUAUUUUUUCACAAAACAGUAAAAUAUUAUCAUAUUGUAAACCUCUAAUACAAACACAAAAUUCAGAGAGCAGAAACACGAACCUUGGACCUCUGUUUAAGUAUGAUUGGUCUAAAGAAUUUGUUGGAGCUAAUCGUUUAGUAGUAUGUCACUUAGCAUAUCACCACACGUUAAUUUGGUGAGAAUUGAAGAAGAAAAAAAUCACGAAUUAAUUUUACGCUUGUUACUAAAUCUGAGCUACGAAACAUACUCCCUUAGGAAAGGACUAGUGUUGCAUGCUAGUGUGAACGCAAGCAAGGUGAGUACUUUCACCUACCUAUGUCCCUGUGUAACAUGGUUCGGAUAGCAGUAGCUGGUAUGGAUAAGACCAUCAAGAAGGUGCCAUACGUGUAAAUGUAAAAACACAAAAAGGGGGGAAAAAACACAAAGUAAAAGUUUUUUAUGUACAUUUGGACAUAUUUGAGUAUUUAUUGUGGCCAACAAGUUCACUGUAUAGAUUUAAAAAGGCACUUUUAAAACUAAAGGGGAUUUCUGCCUUAAAUGGUGGCCAUUUUUUUCCUCGUUCAUCUUCUCAAAUCUUGUUUCUUGUAACUUUGUUUUCCCUAACGUACUCAAACGUGCUGAGAGCUCAAAUCCAUAAAUCCUCUGGAGUGUCAUAAAGCAUACAGUCAAGCAAAUAAAAUCACGUCUGAACCAA